AUUAGGUAGCAUCAUCAGUGCACUUAGGUAUGUGCAUAUGUAACACCACUUUCUGCCUCCAGGUGGCAAUGCUGUACAUGUUCACCCGGCUCAUUGUCAACCUAUCUCAGACAUACAUUGCAAUGUACCUCACCAAUUCACUAUUGCUUCCAAAAAGAUACAUUGCCACAAUUCCACUGGUGAUGUAUAUUAGUGGCUUUCUCUCCUCCUUUUUGAUGAAAACUGUGAACAAGUGGAUUGGCAGAAAUCUCACCUACUUCCUGGGACUGCUGAUUAUCUUGGCCUUUGCCUCCUGGGUGGCCCUAGCUGAGCGACUUGGCGUUGAAGUUUACGGGGCUGCUGUUCUGCUUGGGACAGGGUCGGCCACCAUUUUGGUAACUUCCCUCUCCAUGACAGCUGAUCUCAUCGGACCCCAUACGCACAGCGGCGCAUUCGUCUACGGGGCCAUGAGCUUCACUGAUAAAGUUGCCAACGGAUUGUCGGUGAUGAUUAUCCAGGACCUGCAUCCAUGCCCGACUCAGCUCUGUUGCAACGGCUGUGUGACCUUCUACCAUUGGGUAAUGGUCUCGGUUACUGGAGGCAUGGCAAUGGUGGCUGCCCUAUUCCUAGCCAGCAUCAUGAUCUGGCCAAUCAGGAUCCGUUUCUGUGAUAUUUCUAUUUCAGGAUUAGCAGGGGUGAAGCCAAGAAGCCACCAAUAUCUUGAGGAAGGAGAACCAGUGGCAGUGGUGAACUGAGACAUUUGAAGGAGCAAAGCUAGGACUGGAUGGAAUUGCAGCAGCAUUGAAAUCCAAAGAACUGUUUCAUCUAGCUUGAAUUUGCCCUUAUUUGCUCUCUGGACUCAACAUGGACAAUCCCAGCAUAUUUUGCACAAACCUUCCUUGACCCUUAUGGGAAGAUCCUUUCUUUUGACCACUUCAUUCCCCCAGUUGGUCCCUUGUGCAGCUAGUGUAGAACUAGCAAUGAAGCAAUAUCUUCCACCCUGCCAUUCCCUUUUUCUAUCUAUUUGUACAUAAAAAUAACUAAAUGUGAGGUUUUUUAUUUAAGAAAUAAUUAAACUAUCUUAAGU